GGAGGGAGAUGAAAUAUGAGAAAGAGAGACGCAGAUUCCAUCAUCAUAGUUAGCUUAUUUCCGUCGUCAAAUGACGUGACGUCGAAUACUCGAUCUUCAUGCAUUGAUCUCUCGCACUUUUCUUUAGUGAUGAAUUUUCAUUUCGGCUUGGUUGUGAUCUUCGUAAUCCUUAAUGUGGUUUUCGUUUGGUCCACCGAUAAUGGCAUUUCGAAGAAGAACGUUCAACUGAGUUUCGGCAUUGCGACAAAUCCUUUUCUCCAAUCGUCCAACCUAAAUCUUCCCAAUAUUCAAAACAAUCCUUUCUUGUAUCCAUCAAGUAACAGAAUUGAAAACUCACUCUUGUCAAAUGCUGUUGCAACACAGGCAUCUAAUAUAGUUUUUCCCAAUAAUAACUAUAAUCCGUUUCCUAAUAGUAAUGCGAAUCCUUUCCUGACAAAUUUUCGUAAUUCUACUAAAGAAAUAAUUGAUCCAAAAGUUAAGGUAGAGUCUUCUAGUUCACCAAGUCCUGUUUCGCAAACACCUUAUGCACCACUACCAUCCUAUCCUACAUCAACAUCUAAUACACCAGCACCGAAUAAUGAUUUUAUAUUUCCUACUCCUCCUAAAAUUCAUUCUCCAACUUCACACGUACCAUCCUGGAAGGAACUGUUACCUUCUAAGCUCAGUCCGGAAAAACCGAUAUCAGAACUUAAGUGCGAAGAAUAUGUGGGAGAAAUUGUGGAGACAACUUUGAUGUCGACUCUGACUGGUUCAUCAUCGGCCAUACAUAAAUUGACUAAUAGUUGUGAGAAAGAAAAUAAUAACUUGGUGGUUGGUGGUACCGAAGCACGUGUCGACGAGUUUCCUCACAUGGUUGCACUAGGCAAACGUAAUUUUGACGAAUUUAUUUUGAUGUGCGGCGGCACGCUGAUUUCACAUACGUGGGUGAUUUCCGCUGCUCAUUGCACUCAUGGGACAGAUGGCGGUAUAACAGACGCAAAGAUUGGCUUCCACAGUUUAUCAGACCAGAAAGGCGUUAUAACUGUAAUUAAAGAUAUAAAAACUCAUCCGGAUUAUAAACCACCUGCGAUGUAUGCGGAUAUAGCUCUGGUACAGCUUAUGACUGUUGUUACGUUUAGUAAGUCUAUACGACCCGCGUGUCUUUAUCAAUUAUUUAAUACCAUGCCUAGCAAGGUUUGGGUGAGCGGCUGGGGUGUUACCAAAUACAGCGGAGAGGUGAGCGAUCGAUUACAAAAGGCUGAACUGAAUGUGAUAGAUAAUCUAUUGUGUACAAUACGGCAUAACAGUUCCACAGAAGAAGUUCCGUACGGUAUCACACCAAGUAUGAUUUGUGCUGGCGAUCUUAGUGGCAACUGGACAAGGGACACUUGCCAAGGAGAUUCCGGUGGUCCUCUCCAAAUAGUUUCUGAGAAUAAAUGCGUCUUCCAACUGAUUGGUAUCACUAGUUUUGGUAAAGCCUGCGCAAUGAUCGAUAUUCCCGGUGUUUAUACUAGAGUGUCCCAUUAUAUUUCGUGGAUCGAAGGUAUAGUCUGGCCGCAAGGACAAUAAUCACAAUUUAUUCGACUUUUACGAAAGCAAAAGAAAUUAUGAAUACAAUUGACCAGUCUGCAAUUCUGACUAGAAUAUUGGAAAGUAAGAAUAGAGAAAUCACAAGAUAUGGAUUUAGAAUGCAGCAUUGAUGUUGAUCUUCUAAACUGUUAAAAAUCAAGAGAUUUUACUAUCGUGAAUAGUUCGCCAUGUAAGGCCAUCACCAUAAGGACCAUGGAUUGAUGGGAAUAAGAUAUGCCACCAACUUCUGUAACAAUUAAUGAGAUACAUUAUAAAAAUAAUAUUAGACAAAUUUUUGGACAAUGAGACUAUACAAAUACAAAAAUAAUAUUGAACAAAGUAUCAACAAUUCAA